GUCUAUUAUCAUUGAUAGGACAAAAAUACAUUUGAUUAUUAAUCAUCACAUAACACCUAACAUCUUACAUGUGAUAUUCUCUCGACUUUUUCAAGAUUAUCAUCACAUAUAUUGCUAAUUUUUCUUACUACAACCUUCUCAUUUAAACUAAUUGGUUAUGAAUGGUUAGAUUGGUUGAAUAUGGUGGAAUCGCAUGCUAGCCCUCAUCCCGAUUUUGGGUCCAUCGGCCCCAUACAUACACCAAUUGUCCAAAAUUACUUAAACCCUAAAACAUCCAAAUUCUCGAUUUUUGUAGAGAAAAUUCCUUUUUUUUUCUUGAAAACAGUUAAAAACUAGAUUUUUCCAAAUAUUGAUUGUGCUGGUCUAUUCUCUUUAAUAAUCACACAAAACCUUUCAAAGGCUACGGAUCAGAAUUGUCAACAAAAAAAAAUUAUCUGAACAUAUCAGAUCGACUAGAGAAUUUUUGGAUGUCCAUAAAACCAUUUUCCAUUAUAUUGGCAAUUUUUCGUAAUUUUUGGAAAAUGACAGAAAAUUAAAAUGUUUUUCUGGAUAUUAUGAAAAAUUAACAAUUGUACUUUUUUUUUAUGCUGGUUACAAUGGAAAACUUGAAAGGGAGCAAAGCUGCUGGUUUGAAUGCACUUGCACAUAUUUAAUGCGCAGACAAUUUUUAGGUGGACUUUAUCUUUGCAGAUUGUACCAGAGAAACUCAUCACAAAGCGUGGUUUUCAUGCGAUUUUAUUGCUUAUAGCAAAGACGUGACUUUUACGUGUACAUAUAGCGUGGAAAAUUACUGACCUACGAUGGAUUUGACAAUAUGAUUUAUGCAUGUUUAGGGCAGGGGAGGAGAAUGUAGCAUUUUACAGGAAGUAGGAACGUAUUUGAUAAUAUAUAUAAUGGAAGAUUCACAAGCCGGUUAGAGCCACAUUUAUCUGUUUAACAAAAUGGUUUUUAAGUGGGGAUAUAAACAGAAGUGGUCAUUUCGUACUAUGGUCCAAAUUGUAUGGCUUGACUUUGGCUUGCCAUCUGAAAACAACUUCAUUGCUACUAGUCAAUCAGCAAUAGGAUACCUGUCCAUCAAUAAUAAUGCGAGACUUAUCGUCUUCUAUUGACUGGUCCCCCUCUCUCUCUCUCUCUCUCUCUGCUGCCAGUCAAUCAGCAAUAGGAUACCUGUCCGUCAAUAAUAAUGCGAGACUUAUAGUCUUCUAUUGAUUGGUCCCCUCUCUCUCUCUCUCUCUCUACUGCUAGUCAAUCAGCAAUAGGAUACCUGUCCGUCAAUAAUAAUGCAAGACUUAUCGUCUUCUAUUGAUUGGUCCCCCCCUCUCUCUCUCUCUCUCUGCUACCAGUCAAUCAGCAAUAGGAUACCUGUCCGUCAAUAAUAAUGCGAGACUUAUCGUCUUCUAUUGAUUGGUCCCCCCCCCCCCCCCCCCCCCUCUCUCUCAUUUCUCACUUUAUCUUUCACAUUCGGCCUCUCUCUUGCAGAAAUCAUUCGAGACUAUCGUCUACUGAUUACUCCUCACUUGCUUUCUCUGUUCUUUUCCCCCUUGAAAGUUCUCGCCCAGGCUUGUUCAGGGUCUCCUCUCCCCGAUCUCGCGCCUCUCUUUGCAUCUCAGCUCGCAGGAGCAGAGGAGGGUCUUCUAUUCUCUCUUUUGGAGCCGCUGUUGCCUGUUAACGAGGGCCACCUUAUCUUCCGCAGUGAAACGACAUCAGCUUACUUAACUGAAGGCCGCAUCUUCAUUACCUAUCUCUUUCUCAAGAACACGAACCUUCUUCAGCAUUGCCUCGGGGAGAAAUAAACCUACACGUUAGUCAGAGUGGACCAAGCCAGCAAAGCAUUUGCAGAAAAGCAUCCUAAAAGCAUCUUUCGGUGUUCAUCAAUCCUUUUGAGCAGCAGAAAAGCAUCUUUUGGUUUCAACUUUCCCCCCUCAGAUCGCCAUGGACAAAGAGUUGAGUCAGGGAAAGAGAAAGAGAGCAGAGGAAGAGGGCAUUGAGGGAGCAUCCCCUUCUUCGUUCAUCUCUCCGGUACUCACAGGACAAGGUGACGAUCAAUACGACGUAUUCUUGAGUUUUAGAGGCUCAGAUACUCGUCAGAAAUUCACCGAUCAUCUCUACCAUAGACUGGUCAGCGCAGGGACUGCACCUCUUUCCGUGUUCAAGGAUGAUAACAGCAUCCCAAUUGGCGAGGAAUUUGGUUCACAGAUUCUCGGUGCCAUCUCACGGUCUAAGAUUUCGAUCCCCAUCAUCUCCAAAAAUUAUGCUACGAGCAAAUGGUGCCUCCGUGAACUCAUUCAUAUGAUGGACCGUAAGAAUAGCAUGUCACACACAGUGUUGCCAAUUUUUUACGAAGUGAAACCAUCGGAUGUGCGGGAUCUAAAAGGAAGUUUUGGGGAGGCCUUCCGUUUGAGCCAGGUGUGUUUUGAGGAGAAGGAUAUCCUGGAAGGGCAGCGAGCACUUUAUGAAGUCAGUUUGUUACAUGGAUGGGAAUCCGAGAAAGUUGUUAAUGGGCAUGAAGGAGAAUUGGUGGAAAAAGUUGUCGAAAAAAUUCUGAGCGAGUUGCGACAAGAUUUUCAGCUUGAUGUUACUAAGCACUUAGUUGGAAUUGAGGAUCGUGUGAAUGAAAUCAGGAAAUGGGUAGACACUCCUACUAGUGUUGCUCGAAUGAUUGGAAUCUAUGGCAUGGGUGGGAUUGGAAAAACGACUCUUGCCAAGGAAAUCUACAACCAGUUGUCGAAUGACUUUGUGCAUCGUAGCUUCCUUGCUGAUAUUCGAGAAACAGUUCACCGCAACAAUAUUUCUUAUCUACAAAAACAACUAAUUGAGGACAUACUGCCAAAUGAACAAGUUAAGAAUGUUGAUGAUGGAAUCAAUAUAAUCAAAUCUAGAUUCAAAGGAAAAAAGGUCCUCAUUCUUCUGGAUGAUAUAGAUCACAAGAAUCAUCUAGAUGCAUUGGCUAGGGAAUGUAGUUGGUUUAUGGCAGGGAGUGUGAUCAUUGUUACAACUAGAAAUGAAGCCGUUCUUGAUCAAUCUGAAUUCAAGGAAGUCUACAAGUAUGAAUUGAAUGAAUUGGAUGAGGAGCAUGCUUUCCUUCUGUUUAACAGACAUGCAUUUCGUGCGGAACAUUCUCCGAGGGACUUUGAGGGUAUAUCUCGUGAUAUCAUAUCCACCAUGGGUGGGCUUCCCUUGGCGCUUCAGGUCGUAGGUUCGUACUUGUAUAAAAAAACGAAUCAAAAAGUAUGGGAAGAUGUACGGAAGCAAUUAAAAAACCAACCAUAUAGAGAUGUCCAAAAGAUAUUGCAAAUAAGUUAUGAUGCAUUAGAAGAUGGACAUAAGCAAAUUUUUCUCGAUAUUGCUUGUUUCUUUAUUGGCGAAACAAGCAAUUAUGCCAUGUACAUGUGGGAGGGUUGUCGGCUUUAUCCAAGUCAAGGAAUUGAAGAGUUGAAGUUGAGGUGCUUAAUUAAAAUUGGAGAUUAUGGUCAGUUUGAGAUGCAUGAUCAACUGAGAGAUCUUGGAAGGAGCAUUUUUUGCCUAGGACAACCGCCUGAGAAACGUAGCGGACCAUGGGACGAUGACUAUGAGGGAGUCACAAGAGUACUAAGACAGGACAAGAGCCCCUUCUCGGUCAGGGACUGGAUGCGGGCAGCUUCAAGCGGAGACUCUUCUAAUGAACUCCUUUCUGAAGUAAGAUGGCUUGAGUUUAAGGGAAGCGAUUUGUCUCUUCCGACGACCAAUUUGCAUCUACCGAAAUCAUCGGUGCUGGAUUUAUCAAGGAGCGGCAUCAAGCGGAGACUCCAACGAAUUUGCAUCUGCCGAAUUUCUCAAUGUUGCGUCUUGGGAGACGAUCCGCCUCUUCCGACGACCAGUUUGCAUCUACCUAACUUAUCGGUGCUGGAAUUAGUUUGCAGCGACAUCACAGGGGAUUGGGAAGGAUGGAGUUCAUUCAUGACGGCAAAGCGGCUACAAGUUCUCGACCUUACGUGGUGCCAUGGUUUAAGAUGUACUCCUGAUCUCUCGACUUUCACGCAGUUGAAGAUCCUCACCUUGAGACAUUGUUUCAGACUGGAGCAUCUCCACCCUUCUAUUGGCAAACUCAAGAGCCUCGUUUCCUUGGACUUGAGGGGAUGUUAUAGUCUCGAGGAGCUACCAGAGGAAGUGGGCGAAUUAAAAGAUUUAGAAGAACUUAUGUUAGAUUUUGGUGGUAUUACAGAGAUCCCUACAUCUGUUGGUUCUCUGAGGAAGCUAAAGACACUGAGAGCCUUCAGUUGUCGGUCACUGAGAGAAAUCCCUAGCUCAAUUGGGGAUUUACAAAAUUUGCAACAGCUGGACUUGAGACGUUCUAGGCUUGAAAAGCUUCCCAAUGCUAUUGGAGGGUUGAAAAAUCUGCGGACUCUAGAUCUCCGCACGGGCAAACUCAUGAGCCUAUUUUCCUUGGACUUGAGUGGCUGCAACAGUCUCAAGGAGCUACCAGAGGAAGUGGGCAAAUUAAAAGAUUUAGAAGAACUUGUAUUAGAUGAAUCUGGUAUUACAGAGAUCCCUACGUCUAUUGGUUCUCUGACGAAGCUGAAGAAUCUGAGUGCCGUCAAUUGUAAGUCACUGAGAGAAAUCCCUAGCUCAAUUGGGGAUUUAAAGAAUUUGCAACACCUGAACUUGAGUCACUGCGAAAGGCUCAAGGAGCUACCAGAGGAAGUGGGCGAAUUAAAAGAUUUAGAAGAACUUCUAUUAGAUUUUGGUGGUAUUGCAGAGAUUCCUACAUCUAUUGGUUCUCUGAGGAAGCUGAAGAAACUGAGUGCCUUCGGUUGUAAGUCACUGAGAGAAAUCCCUAGCUCAAUUGGGGAUUUACAGAAUUUGCAACACCUGGAAUUGAGUGGGUCUGAGAUUGAAAAGCUUCCCAGUGCUAUUGGGGAUCUUUCUUCUCUCAAGCACCUUUACCUAUGGGCCUGCGACAAGCUCCGGUCGCUGCCACAGCUUUCUAGCCUAAUCCACCUAGAAGAACUCCAUCUUUCGACAUGCCAUCUACUUGAAGACAUCCCCGAGCUUCCCUCAAGACUCUUGAAACUCUCUGUUCGGAAGUGUGGUAAGCUGAUAUUGCUUAAGCUCGACGGAUUGAAGAACUUGGAAGAGCUUUCAAUAAAAGAGUGCAGUUCCAUUGAAAGAUUGGACCUUUCACAAUUAAUCCGUCUGAAACAAUUACGCGCUGAGCAUUGCGAUAGCCUAGUUGAAAUUCAGAGCCAUGAUAAUUUGGAGUUCUUGGAGGACAUAUUUAUAUAUGACUGCAAUUCCAUUAAAAGGCUUCUCUGUGCAGAAUCACGGUGUUUGAAGGAAUUACGGGCCAUCACGUGCAACAAUCUAGUCGAAAUUCGAGGUCUUGACGGUGCGAAGUUCUUAGAAGCGUUGGAUUUUGGGGGAUGCGAAUCAAUGGAGACUUUGCCAAAUUUGAUGGGAUGUGAGAAGUUACGAUCUCUAAAUGUUCGAGAUUGCAAGAAACUUACUCAGCUUCGGGGACUUGAAAAGUUGGAUUUAAUUGAUUUGAAUAUUUCUGGUUGCGACUCAUUGGAAGUAAUACCGGAAUUAUCUGGAAUUUAGAAAUUAUGAAUUAAAGCUGUUUUGCGACUCAUGGAGUAAUGUUCCUCAACAGAGGUAAAUUAGCAGUGAACAAUCAUUUUUCUUCUGAGAUUCAUGACCUACUUUUCAUCACUAUCUUCUUUUGACAAGAAGGUUUUCCAUCACAGGGUUCUGAUUCUGAACUAUCCUAAAUUGCUAGUCUUACAUAAUUGAAGGAGUGGGGGAGUUGGUCAUAGAAGCUGACAUGAUGCUUCAGCCAAGAUCAAAAUGUAGACCCAAAUGACAAUAAAAGGCGUUGGUCAUCUAGUAUGAUUCUUCAUCCUUGAAUGGCCAGUGUGAACGAAUAGAGUAAUACUUUUCUCGAAGCUCUAUUUUUUAAGAAUGAUUUGCUCCACACCGGGUUUCUAUUUGAUUGAUUUUGGAAACUCCAUAUUUGCCUACAUAUAUUGCUGUUGGUUACGUUAUAGCAAUGCAUUUAAUUUAUCCUUCCAUUGGUAGCUUUUGUAGACUGCAAAUAGAUUAGUGGCUUGUGAGGCAAGGAUGAAAAUAUCAAACAUAGGUAAACAAGAAUUCCUUAGUGAUUUAUAGUUUCCCUCUCUGUAAACCCGGGAUUUGAAAUUUUCUUCUAGAGGCCGAUGAUCUACUGCUACUCAAUAAUGUAAACUACACCCAGAUUUUCCCUGUCCAAAAUUCAUAUUUUCUUUAAAAAAAUCCUUGGCCAUUUUGAGUGCCUUUGCGAGUUGUCUUGUGUCAAAUUUGACUAAUGGCAUAUGUCCUGUUGGGGACAAACGCCUUUCGGUUUUUUGUGAUAAACGAAAACCCUGUCAAGUUUCUUAAUGUUCCCUUUAUGUUCCUCUUGAACCUUCUAAGAAAGGGCAUCAAUUCCCAGUAAGUAUGAUGAACUAAGCUAAAAUAAAAUAUAAGGUUCAAGUGUUUCUAGUUGGUGAUAAAAAAAAUGUUAAAGCAGUUUUGGUUAGUCUGUCAUAUAUGAAUGUACACCCCCUUAACAUUACCAGUAGUCAAACUGUUGUUUUGAAAUAUUAUUAAGCAAGGUAAACUAGUGCUGCUUCUGUGACAGGUUUGGUUGGUCUAUGUAAUGAUCAGGGCUUACUUUGGGACUUCAAUUCAAUCAGCUGUAUUGAUGACCUUUUCCAUAAUUUGACAAUUUUUUGCCCAUCUGUGAAACAAGAUAGGGCAAGGAGCUCAAAAAUUUGCUAAUUAGUUUACAUCCCAUUUGAUCCUAUUGUUGUCAUGAAAUUGUUUAUCACAUGACUGAUUUGGGUGUGGCUCACUUGGCUGAGAAACUUCAAAUUCCAGACUUGAGACCGAUCAAAAUGAAGAAAAGGGAUUUUGCAGAGGAAGCAUCAGCAACAGCUGAGGACUAUCUUGCAUGCCAACAGUGAGACAAGUCGCGUUUUUUUAACAGAGGGUUUUGCACUUUCCUGAAUUGCUAGUCUUACAUAAUUGAAGAAGCAGGGUAGUUGGUUGUAGAAGCUGACAUGAUGCUUCAGCCAAGAUCAAAAUGUAGACCCAAAUGUCAAUAGAAGGCAUUAGUCAUCUAGUGAGAUUCUUCAUCCUUGAACAGCCAGCGUGAGCAAAUAGAGUAAUACUUUUCUCGAAGCUCUAUUUUUCAAGAAAGAUUUGCUCCACACUGGGUAUCUAUUUGAUUGAUUUUGGGGACAAACACCUUCAAUUUUCUGUGAUGAUCCAAAAUCCUGUCAAGUUUCUUAUUGUUCCCUUGAUGUUCCCCUUAAACCUUCUAAGUUGGACAUUAAUUCCCAGUAACUAUGAGGAGCCAAGGUAAAGUAAAAUUCAACGUUCAAGUGUUUCAGGUUGGUGAUAAAAAAAAUGUAAAAUUAAUUUUGGCAAGUCUAUCAUAUAUGAUUGUAGAUCACCUUAACAUUAUUUGUAGUCACACUGUUGUUUUGAAAGAUUAUCAAGCAAGGUCAACUAUUGCUACUUUUAUGGCAGGUUUGGUUGGUCUUAUGUGACGAUCAAGGCUCACUUUGGGACUUCAAUUUAGUCAGCUCUAUUGAUGACCUUUUGCCUAAUUGAACAAUUUUUUGCCCAUCCGUGAAACAAGCUGGGGCGAGGAGCUCAAGAAUUUGCUAAUCAGUUUACAUCUCGUUUGAUCCUAUGGUUGUCAUGGAAUUGUUUUGUCACAUGACUGAUUUGGGUGUGGCUAACUUGGAUGAGGAACUUCAACUUUCAUACCUUAGACCAAUCAAAAUGAAGAAAAGGGAUUUUGCGGAGGAAGCAUGAGCGACAGCCGAGGACCAUCUUGCGUGUUAACCUUGAAGAGGCUCGUGAGCUAACUGGAGUGUCCUCAGGAAGUUUUGAUGCUUGUGAAGAUCCAAAACACUUGAUCUGGUCUUAACAGCACAUACCUGAACGAUAGUAAAUAGUUGUUUGAUGUGGUUACAUUCUAACGAUAUCACUCCUCAACUCGAUGAGGCUCUGCAGAGGGAGUUCAAGCUGCAUUUCAUGAAACUCAGAGAUAGUCCCCAAACACCACAGGAUGGAGAUACAGGCAGGAAUGAGCUAUGUCAUUAUGGAAAGGCAUUCCGAAGUUCCUUGCUACUGGCUUUUAUCAUGUGCUCCGUGUUGUUAAUACUCUUCAAAUGAUUCUUGAUAUAAAGCGACCUCUUCUCACGUGGUGUUUUAGUCCUUUGCAAGCUUUGGCAUUGUGCCGAUCUUCAGCAAUAGCCAAAUCACAACUCGCUUGCGGGAAGACCGCAUGUGCAGGUGGUUCUAUAUGUGUAAGUUAAGCAUAAGUCAUAUUUCCUCAACAGAGGUAAAUAAGCAGUGAACGAACGUUUUUCGUAU